GGCAGACAGUUUAGUUCCACUUCUCUUUCCGUUGAAUUGUGUUCCUAAUAUGCCGCUCAGUCUGAACAAAAAUUGUAUUUGGGUGUUGGCCUUGUGCCUUUUCCUUUCCCUCUAUUGGGUGCAAGGACGAGUUGGCUUGGGACCCGGCAAUCAGGAGUGGGACUACGUGGAGGUGCGCAAUGGCUCUCACCUCUUCUACUGGCUCCUUUACACCACGGCCAAUGUCCGUCACUUUACGCAUAGACCGCUGGUGAUUUGGCUGCAGGGUGGACCCGGAGUGGCCUCCUCGGGCAUCGGAUUCUUCGAGCAGCUGGGCCCCAUAGAUAUCGAGGGCAGACUGCGGGAAACGAGUUGGGUUCACCACGUAAACGUUCUCAUCGUGGACAGUCCCGUGGGCACGGGUUUCGCCUACGUGGAGGAUCAUGGCAGCUACGCAACUACCAACCGGCGGAUUGCCCUCGAUCUCGUCGAGCUGAUGAAGCAGUUUCUCGAGAAGUACCCGGCGUUUCGAAACGUUCCCCUACACAUCUUCUCGGAGAGUUACGGCGGCAAGAUGGCUCCCGAAUUUGCACUGGAGCUGCACUCGGCCAAGAAAAGGGGCCAAGUUGAUUGCCGCCUAGAGUCCGUGGUGGUGGGUAAUCCCUGGACCUCUCCUCUGGACAGCGUCCUCUCCUACGCACCUUACCUGCUCCAAAUGGGCAUUGUGGACGAGGACGGUUACCGCAGGAUAUCGCGACUCUCCGGGCAGUUGGCCGCCCUUGUGUACGACAAACAGUGGUUGAAGGCUCUGCGGAAGGCAUCUGAUGUUCAAGAUGAGAUCUCCGCCAGCACUGGCAAUGUCUUCAUCUACAACACUCAGCGACGGGUGCACGAGGACGAGGUCUACCGGUACGGCGAGGACAAAAAAAUGAGCGACUUCAUGCGGACGAAUGUCACGAGGGUACUGGGAUUAGAGAAAAUGCCCGUGUGGAUGGAUCAAAAUUCCACGGUCUUCGAAAGCCUUUAUGAUGAUCUUUUCAAGCCAGCAACCCAUAUAGUUACCAGAUUGCUGGAGGAAACGCCCAUAAAAGUUGGCAUAUUUUCGGGAACUCUGGAUCUACUUUGCGCCACUCCCGGCACUGUUAACUGGAUCAAUCGACUGAAGUGGAGCCGCAGGUCUGAGUAUGCGAGGGCUCACCGUACCGCCUUCCGAAUCGACGGGAUGCUCGAGGGCUACGAAAAGCAUGGCGGACGACUCAGUAUGUUUUGGGUCCUCCGGGCAGGACAUCUGGUGCAGCAGGACAAUCCAGCGGCCAUGGCAUACAUUCUGAAAUAUUUCACCGAAUAUGAAUGAUUUACAACUGAUUGUAAAUAAAACGAAAACUCCUGCUGAACUUCA